AUGCCUUUCACGUACAAGUCAGUUCUUAUCGUCGGUGCCACCUCGGGCAUCGGUGCUGGCUUGGCUGACAAGCUGGUGGCCGAGGGCUCCAAAGUCAUCGCCGUCGGCCGGCGCCAAGAUAGACUGGACGAGUUCGUCAAGAAGCACAACUCUGCCAAAGCCGCCGCCAUUAGAUAUGACAUAACCGACAAUGCGGGGCUGGAUGCUUUUGUCAACGAGGUGGUCACGAAGCACCCUGAUUUAGACGCCGUUUUCCUGAAUGCUGGCAUCCAGAGCCGGACACGUCUGUCGCGUGCUGCUGAGUUCGACCUUGCCAGCUUCCACCACGAGAUCAACGUUAACUUCACCUGCAUUGUGAACCUCUCGAUCAAGUUUUUGCCCCACUUGCAGGCCAAGACGGAGCCCACCGGCCUCAUCAUUACGGGCACCCACCUAGGCCUUGUCCCGGCCCCUACCCUAGCGGCGUACUCAGCUUCCAAGGCGGCCCUGACCUCUUUCGUCGAUUGCCUCCGUGACCAGAACCGUCACAAGCCCACCAAGAUUGUUGAGAUUUACCCUCCAGUAGUGCAAUCUGAGCUCCACGAUUAUUUGGGUGAAAAGCUAGGUCGUUCAUUCGGCAUGCCGAUUGACCAAUUCACUGAGGCGGCGUACAAUGAGUUGCUCAAGGGAGAGGACCUUAUCGUUAUAGGAUCAAUUGCUACCGAGCCACGCGAGACUUACAUGGAGCUUGUCGAGAAGCGAAGACAGAUCUACAGCAAGUUGUCAUCUGUAAUGCUGGCGCGAUUUGAACUGUAA